AUGUCGUUGUCCUUUUCUUGUUUCAGUCUGACCUUUAUUUUUAAAAUACUCUUAUAUUCUGAAAUUCAUUGCAGAUUACAAGAAUGGGCUAAAGAAAUAUCUGAUGCCUUAUAUAUAAACGAAGAAGAAGUUGUGCAUAGAGAUAUUUUGUUAGAAGGAUUCUCAGACAUCCAAAUUAAAACAAGAAACGGCACGGCCAUCGCCGAACAGGCAGCUAAAGCUCUAGAAGAACUUCUAGAUCGAAGAGGCAAAGCCGCAGAGGCUAUCAUGAGGAAGGCGGAGCAGUUAGCGACCGACAGAUCUGACCCACCCAACGACUAUUAUUAUGAUAACAGUGUAGACAUAAACGUCCUUAAGAAAGUACAGAAACCUGAAAACGAGUGGGAACUAGUUUUAAACUGCAGCAGUUUGAAUAAAGUAGAGGUUUACAAUAGCGCACACUUCGACGCUCAAGUUUCUUUAGAACAUACGAGCGUACAUGUUGCUGUCGAGGUUUUUGAAUGUGAUCCCAGAGUACUCCCUGAUAUAUAUUGGUCGGAAGGGCUGUUUGAAGCAUUUCGAGAAAAUUACGCUCAAGACGCCACACUCGACAUGCAGUAUAUGUGUAGUGCUAAAGGAUUUUUGAGACACUAUCCUGCUGCACUGUGGGAUAGUAUGUACAAAUUGAAGAUUGAAGAUGGAGAAGCGUUGUACGACUGUAGAUUGCGACCGUGGUACGUCAGUGCAAGCGGAGCUCCAAGAGAUAUUCUUAUUUUACUCGAUUCCUCGGGGUCUAUGAGUAACUCGUCUAACCUUCUCAUAGCGGAACAGUUGACUCUGGCCCUCCUCAGCGCCCUCACUGACGACGAUCAAGUCAACGUCCUCCGAUUCAACGAAAUUGUAGAAUCUCCCAUUCCAUGCUUCAAUGGAAAACUUGUGCCUGCCAACCAUGUGAACUCAGCGGCCAUGAUGGAUGCCCUCCAAUAUCAAAACACCUCCUGCGAGACCUGGAUGGAUCAUGUGCUGGUGUACUCCGUUAAUUUGCUGAAAGAAAGAAAAAAAGCUACAGACAGACCGCCUUCCUGUCAACAGGCCAUUGUCUUGAUAACAGACAGUCUCUACGAAAAUUACACUGACUUAAUGAACGUAUUAGACCCUGAUGGAAGUAUCAGGGUGUUUGUCCUAUGGCUACAUGACCCCAAUGGGGUGAGAGAUAGUACGCAUUUCUAUGGAGAAUCGGUAAGCUGUUCUCGUGAUGGAUUCUUUGCGGAGUUGAUCACCCAUGCUGACGUCACGGAGAGAGUCAUGAAUAUAUUAAGAGUACUAGAACGCCCUCUGGUAUCUCAGAGGAAGCAGCGUCUGCGAGUCUACAGUGAUGUAUACGCCAAUGUAGAGGACCCAAGACGCGGCGAAUAUUACUGGCAGCAGAAAGAAAACACCGAACAAAUGUAUCGUUACACGCAACUCCGUCGCAACAAAGACAAGUUUCUCAAUAGCGAUCGUCUUUACAGCGACUACCUGCAUAUGCAUAAAUUGGAAAAGUUUGGCCAAUACUACGAAGGUCAGGAUAUUAACUACCGACUUCAGGUGACAGUCUCUGUUCCCGUGUUUGACAGCACCACAUCUGAAAACAUAACGAUUGUCUUGGAUGAGGAAAAACAAAGGAAUUCUACCAGAACGUAUCCCGUCAACCGUCUACUAGGUGUCGCUGGCGUUGACAUUCCGUUGGACCAUCUCAAACUAAUUCUACCGUUGUAUCUAAUAGGCGCAGGCGGAUCGCUCUUUCUUAUUGACCAUCGGGGAAACAUUGUAUUACAUGAAAAUGCAAAGCCAGUCUUUGACGGUGACAUUCUAAAGCCGGGGUAUCGAACUGUGGACCUUCUUGAUGUUGAGCAACCAGCUGUCGAACACUGGCCCCGGCACUACCCUCAGGAAUGGCUGGAGUUUAGAAACACCUUAGUAGUCGAACAGCCUAGUGGAACUAAGACAAUGUAUGCCAAGAGUAUUUUCGAUGAAGGUAUGAGAGCUUUUUUGGAAAUGAAGGAGUACCAUUGGAAGAGGGUAAAGAAUUAUUACACGAUCGUGGUGACUCUAACCAAAUACAACAAUAAGCAUGCGGUCCCCGAAGCAAAGUUUACACAGGCUCUAGCUAAUGCCGCGAUGAAUGCGUUGCAUGGCACAGAUUUUUCCGUGCACCCAGACUGGUUGUAUUGCCAGCACGUAGACCCCCACUUUGAUACACGGGAAGCGGAAGUUCUUCAUUUCCUGAGGCGUCGUCGAGAUGAACCCAAUUUUUCGAUGCGAAAGAUCAAUCACGUGUUCUCACCCAUAAAACCGACACUACUAGAGAAAACUUACCAAUGUAACGAGGAACUAAUGGCGAGAUUCAGUAGAGAAGCAAUCGCCACAAACUCGUGGACUAAGAUCGCUGAGAGCACAGAACAUGCUUGCACAACCUGUCGACUCGGCUCGACGACCGCCUUCUUUGCCAGCGAAAGCGGUCUAACCCGCUGGCAACAGUACCACGCGACAAGUCCGCACGCAGAGCCGCCAUCUGGUGGUGAGUGGCCUCGGGGGCCGGGAGAGACGUGGUACCGGCGAGCAAGUGCGACCCCAGACCUCAUUGUACAUGCGCCCGUACCCCCCAUCAGACUGCUAAGGAACAGCUUCAUUGAACCACCUGAGUUGGGCGAGCGAUACAAGUGGUUGACUGCUGCGCGUAUGAUCGCGCACGCCAAUAAAGGAACCAUCGGCGUCGCCGGCUACCACUUCCACCGGCAACACUUGAAGGAUGUGCUGAAAUCAAUAACUGACUUUCCUUGCGAUGAAGAAGAAGAAUGUGAACCACGCUGCGACGGCGAGGAGUGGAGCUGUGUGCUCGUUGAUGAAGGUGGUUGGAUAGUAUCAGACACUGAGGAAGAAGACGAGGAGCAAGCAAAGGAACCUGUUACCCAACACCUGGCUAAUGUCUACCCAACAGCGAUGUCAGCGCUGCUAAACGCUAGCAUCUUCAAGCUGCAUUGGAUUCAUGACUACCAAGCUGUUUGUUUCCCGUCAACUAAGGAGAUAAUACGGCCGAAACAUAAAAAAGUGAAGUCCAGCGCACCGAAUCUACCGUCACUCAUAAGAAGUUUAUGGACUUCGUUAAGUGAAAUACUACUUAUAAGUCAGGAAAUGUUUACUUUUCUCACCCUUCUAACUACAAUACCAGACGGUGUAAAUGCAGACACGGAAGCAGAAAAAGAGAAACGUCGUAAAAAAAUACGUCGGGAUUUCGAACGAGAGAAAUAUGAACGACUGUUUGAUCCUCGGGUACUCGUUAAUAGAACACACUUCGCUGCCUGCGACAGAUCCAGGGCGCUGUACGUGCUCCAGCGAAACCAAAGAGCUAUGGAAGCUCUGAGAAGGAAGCCCCAUCUUUGCAAGUGGCCCCUCGUGGGCACUGAAGUGCCAAAGACCAACUUGUUGCUACUCGCAAUCUACAAAGGGUGCCCUUUCACUGGCAAACCGCUCAACGAUCCCUUCAGCAACGAACUGGUGUCGCUGGCUGAUGAUGAAGAAGGUCGCAGUAUGGCGGCGCGACUCGCAUGUUGGAGAACCCGCGUCCCUCUACCAGCUCGAGCACCCAGCACGCAAUGCUUCCCACACCACUAUGGAGAUGAAGAGGGUUACCGUCAAUGCGGUCCGUGGCUGCCGGAUCCACCAAAGAAAUCAGCCGACGUUAAACACGUUACAUUAUUAAUUAACUUACCAGUGAUAUUGAUGUUAUUAGCUUAAAUAUACCUCAGAUUCAUUAAAAUCUGAUAUUGCUUAGAUUUUUCAUUACCCAGCUCAAUGUGGCUUAGAUGUGCAUUAUAAUAUUUAUAUGUUACAAAUUUCUUAGAUUUUUAAACGUAAUUCGUAGUUGUCAGUAACUAAUUUAAAAGUUGAUUAGUGAUUCAAUGUAUAUAAGUACGAAGUCU